UCUCGCAUUAUGUAUAUAUUCAAAUAAGAAUACUGGUAUUCGUCUGAACCAUUGAUCAAUGGAUGUAAACAUAGUUUGGAGGAUUUGUGGCGAUUUUCAUGACAUUUUAUGUUGCCUUAAACGAGCAUUGCUAAUAUAAAGAUUAAUCUUUGAAUUUUAUAUUUUGUGAACGUGUCUAAACAAUUGAAUCACCGGUGAUGUUACUGAAUCAUUAUCCGCACAUCAAAUAACAGUUAAUAGUGAUGAAUGCAUGUUCAUAUGUAUGUUGGUAUAAAUAAUUAAAAAUGUCCGAGAAUAGAGAGGAAAUACUGGCUGACUUUCAGGCGUGCACAGGCAUUGAGGAUGUUGGAGAAGCAAUUUAUCACUUGGAAGAAUCAAAUUGGGAUCUUCUGGCUGCUGUUAACCGUGUAAUGCCACAGGAGACCCAAACAUUGCCUUCUGAGAUGGAUGUGGAUGUUGAAAUGAUAGAAGAAAUAAAACAAGAACCAACCAAUCCUGUAAAAGCAAGCCCAGAUAUAACUGUUGUUUCAUGUGUUGGUUCAGAUUGUUCAUUGCCUUUUAAAUUACCUGUGAGUGUUAGUGCUGACGUUAUUCCCCUCCCGUCCACUUCACAAUCUGAGAGCAGUACAAGACUCCUUCAGUUUUGCAUCCACUUCAGAGAGAAACUGAUACAGCUGCAGUUACCAGAUACUGGAACAGUGGGUGACUUGAAAACAUUAGUGACAGCUCAGUUGGGAAUUCCUACUUGUCAGCAGUGUUUUGAAGGAUGGAAAAGUUAUCCAAGUUCAGACUUUACAAUAUUGGGAAGUCUUGGCUUACCUAAGGAGAACAUACUCUUUCUUACAAUUCCAAACAAUGUGGAAGAUGGUGAAUUCUCUACCAAAGACUCAAACAUAGCAGAAAAACUGAUUCAGUCCUAUACAUUAAAUAUUCAUGAUGAAUCACAGCAAAAGGACUACAGCUUGAAGUUUCUUGGGUCUAAAACAGUGCUGGAAGUGAAAACAGAUGUUUAUACACUCACUGACAUCCCUGUGCGACAUCAGGUUUGGACUGGCUGGCCAUCACAACUGAAGAAUGAUAGAACAACUCUUGCAUGUUCAGGAAUUCAUCCUGUUCAUGAGUUUACUGUCAAGAGAGCAUUUUUCUCUGCACAUCCUGCCAAGGAAAAUAAGAAGUUUAUAGUUGAUUUGGCAGAUAGUGACAAUAGUUCUGUAGAAGAAUUUGAAGAUGCUUCAGAGACGUUCACAGAGGAUGAUAUAUUUGUUGAUGUUGAAACAAAAAGGAUGCAACCACUAAUUCCGAAUAAUGUGGAAGAUGAAACAGCUGGAUGUAUUCACUUUGCGGAUCAGUUUACAAAUCGUUAUGGAGAUUGUCAUCCAGAGUUUUUCCCUGGGUCUUUGGAUGAAGCUGUUAAAGAAGCUUGUUUGAAACCAGCUAAGGAUAGACGGCUUCUUGCAGUGUACUUGCACCAUGAUGGCAGCAUCCUCACAAAUGUGUUUUGCACUCAGUUAUUAGGCUUUGAAUCUGUUCUUCAGUGUCUUAACAAUCAUUUUGUUGUGUGGGGCUGGGAUCUCACUCAUGAAUCAAACAAGUUAAAAUUCUUAGGGUCUGUGACUAGAACAUUGGGUAGUGUGGCAGCUAUGACAAUUAGGAAUAUAGAAGUGGAGAGACUUCCAGCACUGUUAAUCAUAAUGAGAAUGCGGUCAGCAACUGAAGUAUUCACAAUUGUGCAUGGUAAUGUGGGUGUUAGUGAAUUGCUUACUAGUUUGAUACAAGCAGUUGACGUUUUUACUGAGCAGCAGCGAAUGGAGAUACGCGAAGAAGACGAACGAGCAGCUCGAGAACUUGUGAAAAGAGAACAAGAUGCAGCUUAUCAGGAAUCACUAGAAGCAGACAGAGCCAAAGAAGAGGCAAAACGACAUCAAGAAUUGAUGGAAAAUAAGGAAAAGGAGCAGAGAGAAAUUCAGCGUCAAGAAGUAGAAUUGAUAAAAGAAGCACAUAGACUGGAAGUUAAGUCUCAGUUACCAGAAGAACCACAAGAGAGUGCUGGUGAUUGCAUCGCCAAAAUUCGUUUCAGACUUCCAAAGGGGGAGUGUUUGGUUCGACGGUUCCAAGCUACAGCUCCACUUAAAGUAUUACUCGAUUUCCUUGUGGUGCAGGGUUAUCCACCAGAUGAGUAUAAGGUUAUUUCUAGCUGGCCUCGAAAGGAUCUUACUUCACUUGAUCCUAAAGUAACUCUACAAGAACUUAAGUUUUUCCCACAAGAAACUGUGAUUUUAGAAGAACGAUGAAUUGAACUUUUUCCCCCUUCUUUAAAUUGACAGUGAUUCUUCAGUACUGAUGCUUUGAUGAACUAGCUCUUGAAUAACAAGUAAUGUUCAAGUUGUGGGGAAGGAUUGGUGUAUAGCCAAAAUCCAAGUGAUGUUAAUAUGUAAAUAAAAAAAAUGUGUGGGGGAAGUAUUUCCUAUCAGUUCAUCUGAUAUUUUAGUCUGGCUGUGGAUAAUGCAAGCAUACUAUUGUGAGAGAAUGACUGCACUUUAUACCCUGUGUAUGUUAAUUUGUUUUGCUCUUUUUAUAUACUGUAAUAUGUUUGGUUCUUGCUGGAUUUAAAAUUAAUAUCUGUAUAUAACAAAAUUAUGAAUAAACAUUUUCACUAUUAAUAUUA